AACCUCGUACCACAGUAGGUUCGACUACGGAUACUGGGGCUUGGAGGCACAGAGUAGCGGGGACAUUCUGCGGAUAUUGCCAUCGCGUUCGUUAAUGUCGACUUCAUUCUGUUUGUCAUCGGAAACCCGCCUUCGCCACAGAUUGACCCAAUGGCCCGCGGGAAGAGUCCCCGAGAAUUUCUCGCGGCUUCGGCAUGGAUGUCACUCUCGAGUCUUUAUGAACAGCAUGCUGGCUAAUCAGUCGUUACCACAAUCAAUCGAAAGGCAUCGGUGACCAGCGAUCCCGCAGAACAACGUCGACGAUUGCCGCCUCCCAACAUGUCUGUUUUCUUCAAAGACAUCUCCACGGAUAAUCCCGUGCAGAAAGGCGACGUCGAAAAGCUACUCGAGCCACUCGGUUUGACGAUCAAGGCCGAGGAGUCGGCCGAUUACCAGAGACUGCUUGCUGCAGUUCACGAUUGUGCAACCCGGAUCGACAGCCUCCCAGACUACCAGCCGGUCCCCGACACGAAACGAUACCCUCGAGAGAAUGUACAUAUACCUACGGCAGAAGAACAAGAGUUUGGGCAUGCGUGGGCACAUCGAUUCUUGAUCAGGGGCGAUAAGUCUGCUUCUGAUUCCUCUUCGGUAUGCCUGAAAGGCAAGACUGUAUGCUUGAAGGAUUGCAUUGCCGUAGCAGGCGUUCCGCAAUUCUUCGGCAGCGAUGCUUUCCCUCCUUGGACGCCAUCGACAGACGCGACAGUCGUUACACGGGUACUGGAUGCCGGAGCCGAUAUACUGGGCACUGCUACAUGUGAGCACUUUUGCAACUCGACGGCAUCCUUCACCAGCGCGCAGGGCACGAUCGAGAACCCUUAUCAGGAAGGCUACUCUACCGGUGGCAGCACCUCUGGGGGUGCCGCCCUUGUUUGUUCUCGAAAGAUUGAUAUUGCGUUGGGCACAGAUCAAGGCGGUAGUAUCCGGGUUCCAGCUUCAUUUUGCGGCUGCGUCGGUGUGAAGCCUACCCACGGUCUAGUGCCAUUUACCGGAGUCACAAGUGGCGAUGCUAUCGACGACCAUGCAGGGCCCAUUUGCCGUUCAGUCGCAGAAGCUGCUCAAUGUCUUGAUGUGAUCUCCGGAUACGACGGCAUCGACGAUAAAUCUCUAGGCGCUGCAGCUCAUGGCUCCUACAACUUCUCUGCUGCUCUAUCAGCGAGCUCCGGUCGUUUGGACGGAAUGAAGAUUGGCCUUUUGAGAGAGGGCUUUGAUCAAGAGAUUGUUGACCCCAAAGUCAAAGAACACGUCCUUUCGGCCGCCCGCAAACUGGAGUCUCUGGGAGCAAUCGUUGAGGAUGUAUCUGUCCCUCUUCAUCUGGAGGGCCCUUCAAUAUGGACAAUACAACAACGUAUCGCGGGCUCGUCGGGGAUUCUGGGGAGAGCUUCGGGACACAGAGGUCUUGGUCUGACUGAGUUUGAAAAGGCACGGCUGCCCUGGGUCGACUCGAGCUUUCAAAAGCUCUUCCCCUCCACAAAGAACACAUUCAUCAACGGCUUGUAUCUUUCGGACAAGUUCCCGGGUCUCUACAGCAAAACGGUCAACAUCGGUCGGCAGAUCAGCGACGCCUACCAAAGUAAGUUUCAAACGUACGAUGCGAUAAUCAUGCCAACGACUCCUUUCGUGGCACCGCGACAUGGGUCUCGAGAGUCAGUGUUGGGUUCAUUUGAACCCACCAUAGGAUUGACAACCAAUACCGCCGUUUUCAACGUGACCGGGCAUCCAGCAUUGUCAAUACCCGUGGGAUUCGUCGCCGCUAAGGAUGACGCCCAGGUCUUACUUCCUGUAGGCAUGCAAUUUGUCGGAGGGCUAUGGCAAGAAAAGAAGAUUCUCACCAUUGCACAUGCGUGGGAGACCAACUUUGACUGGAAGAGCGCCACAAACACCACCGAAGCUCCUGAGUCUGUUCCGGAGACCCUAAUAACGGGCCCAAAUGUCAAAGUCAAUGGCAGGACAAUGCCUGAGGUGAACGGCACAACUUCACCAAAUCUUAAUCGUGUGAAGCUGUCCGUCUGAGAGCCGUACGAGAAGUGGUCAAAAGGGCCGUGUUCGAGGCAUGCUAUUUCGGCUCGGUGCCUACGGCUCAAGGGGGUUGAUAUUUACAGCGCGAAAGCAUCUAGCAUAAAAUAGAAGUACGCCAUGGGGAUUUUUCACAUCAUCUCGCCCUUUGUCUCAAUCUCAAGGACCCAAUGCCAAUUACCUAUGCCACACACACACAAUCUCUCUCUCUCUCUCACUCAUUCAUGGCUCAUAGCUCCGCCAUGUGCCCGCCUGGUUGUCUCGCAAUUCCGCAUUUGACAUACAAGUCUCGGUCAGGCAAUUCUGGAGAUGGAAGUUUGCGGCUCAAUUCUCCCCAACAAAGGGG